GUCAGCUUAAUGGGACAUCUCGGCCAGCGACGAACGGGACAUCUCUGCCAGCUACGAACGGGACAUCUCGGCCAGCGACGAACGGGACAUCUCUGCCAGCUACGAACGGGACAUCUCGGCCAGCGACGAACGGGACACCAAGGCCGCAUACUAACGGAGCGUAUCGGCCACAGACCAACGGGAGCUCCGCAGGCAGGGCAGUUGUGGCGAAUGGCACCCGGCCUCAGACAAAUUCUGUGCAGCCUACGCUACCUCCAGUUCAAAAGGGUGGCGUCCUCAUGACUAUGACGACGACUCAGCUGAGGCAGCUUUGCAAUGGACAUCAAAAUGGUUGUGGGUCUCAAAAGCCUGCAGCGAAGCCUGCUUCACUGGCAGCAUCAAGGACAGCAAGUUCUGUUGCACGAAGUCCUCAAACUGUGCCAUCAAGCAAAGCUCCGAGUGUCAAGCCAGCUGCUGCCAGAGCAGUUUCCGUUGAACAGCCAAAGAAGCCCACCUCUGCGCCAACGUCAAGACCGGCGAGAAGCUACGAAUGGUACCCCGCCCGUCUCCACGCAGCAGAGGACGCCGGCAGCGGCCCCGAAAGCAGCACCUCCUCCCCCUGAGGCUCGGCCCUUGGGUCCAAACCAAGAGCGGUGCGAUAUCUGCGGCCGGGGCUUCAACAAGGACCGCAUCGAAAAGCACAGGACCAUCUGUCAGAAGGCGGCUACCAAGAAAGUGAAGGUCUUCGAUGCAACCAAAAUGAGGACAAAGGGUACGGAAGCAGAGGCCUUCGUGAAAAAGGGUCUCCACAAGAAAGAAGUAAAGGUGAAGAAGCCCAACUGGCGUGCCAAGCAUGAGGAGUUCCUCAAUGCGGUCCGACAGGCGAGGAUGGUGCAGGAACACUUGGCCGCCGGCGGCAAGCUUUCAGACCUGCCGCCGCCACCACCGUCGGAGAACCCAGACUACGUGCAGUGCCCCAAGUGCCUCCGCAAGUUCAACGAGACUGCUGCCGAGAGGCACAUUCCCCGCUGCAACCUCGCUCCCAAGACGUCUUCUAGCACGCCGACCAGGAGGCCAGCUGCCGUCUAUGGCCGCAAAGUGACGAGACUGUUUGACCAGUCGACCAGUUGUUUUACCAGAGUUGACCAGUCAUCCAGAGUGACCACGGACCACCUUGGAAAAUGUUGACAAGCCUCGAACCUGUUGUGCUUCUCAAGCAACAAGCAGUUAAGUGUUCAAUGACAUUUUGCUGCGAGACUGUUGCCACUGUUUUUUAUCCCUGGCUGUGUUUCAAGACGCCAAGGCAUUGUUUCAUGCCUUGCAUAGUGGUUUUACACUUUUGCAACACAAGGACGAAGGAAUGCAAGCGAUGCUGUGUUCUGUGAAGGAGUUCCCGGUGAAUUUCUUUUUUUUUUUUUGCUGUAUCUUUUACUGUUUCGUUUUCUAAUAUAUCUUUACUGUGCUUUGCCACACCUCCUGUUAUGGCCAUUCCUGGUGAGAAUGUACGUGUUGUUAAUAAAUGCUUUUUCUCUUGUAUUUAUCUUUUGUGUGCAUAGGCGUGUAUGCGUGUACGUGCACUCUCAAAUGCUGGCACCUCUAUAAUGGUGGUGGCACCAAAAGCGAGACUAAAAUUUUAGAACACACCUACCUUCAAACAGAUUUGCUGUUAUCUUUUUGCUAGCUAAAAAAUGAUUUCGAAUUUUGCAAGAUUUGAGUUGUACAGAUGAAAUGGCAAACAUUUGCAUUUAUAGCUGCACAGCACAAUAAAACAUUCUUAUUAAUUGCUGUCAAAA